GUCUCUCGACGAUUUAUUUGCCCAAUUGACUCUGGCAUUCGGAGGAAAAAUAUCAAAGGUGGACAUCAGACGAAAGGUCGAGACUCGCAAAUGGAAAGCCGAAGAAAAUUUUUCCUCCUAUUUUGAUGACAAGAUGACUCUUUCACGAGAAAUAAAUGUUGAUGAUGACGAGCUGCUGGAUCAGAUGAUCGAAGGAAUUCCGCUGGAAAGCCUGCGUGUACAGGCGCGCAUCCAAUGCUUUUCCGACCCAACGCACAUGCUACGGGCCUUUGCCAAUGUGCGUCUACCAGUUCGACCAAAAAUGAGUGAUGGCCCAGAGAACAAGUACGAAGACAAUGUUCGCUGUGCCAACUGCAACUGCAGAGGCCACUUCGCCAAUGUCUGCAAGAAAGCCAAACGCGAACGAGGCUCAUGCUAUGCUUGUGGCAAACUUGGUCACCUUGUUGCACAGUGCCCUGAGAGGAAGAGCGUCGUCAAAAACAAUUAUAAUGCCUAAUAGACUCAGGAAGCCCUGUCUCAUUAAUUAAGAUUUCACUUAUCGACGAAAAAAUUAUAUUGGAUUCAGUUAACG